AUGCAAGCUCUUGAGGCUUUGAGACGUCCAAUUUCACAAUGGGACAACUUAAUGGUACACAUUUUAAGCAUUAAACUCGACGCCCGUUCAAUGCACGAAUGGCAAGGCUCAUUAACCAAUGAUGAAUUGCCAACGAUAAAGCAAUUUUUAGAAUUUGUUACGCAUCGCUGUGAUACAUUAGAAGCUAGCGGGAGGCUUAAUCUAGGGUCUUCAAAAGAAGCAAAUAUGAAUGGGCAAUCGAAGCUAAAAAGUCGAGCUGCCUAUGUCGCGGCGGUUAAGGAGAAAUGUAAUCACUGCCGGGGCAAACAUUCAAUUUAUUAUUGUGAACGGUUUUUAGCACUCACGGUGCCUCAGAGAAUAGCCGCGAUUCGCAAGGGCAAGAUUUGCGUAAACUGCUUGCGCUCCAUCAUGCAUAAUUCGGCCAAAUGUACAUCGGGUACUUGCCGUAUUUGCAAGCAAAAGCACAACACACUGCUUCAUUUCAAAAACUCCGAUUCGGACCAGCAGGGUGAUGAAGAGAAACCUGACAAAGAGACUUCUCGGAUAAUCUCUUUCGCGGCUUCAGCUGCGCAAUGCGGUGAUUUGUUCAGCGGUAAGAAUGUUCUAUUGUCCACGGCCAGCGUGUUAGUGGUUGACGCCGGGGGUUCAACUAGAACGUGUCGGGUAUUACUCGACUGUGGAUCGCAGGCAAAUUUUGUAACGCGAAGGUUCGUUGCAGCGCUCGGUAUCAAAACAAUAUCGUCAACCAUUUCAAUAUCUGGCAUAGGUAACACUAUUACCAAGGCAAACCAGGUUGCGACGAUACAACUGCAAUCGCGCAUAGGCACAUUCAGCACAGUAAUUAACUGCAUCGUUACAGAGCAAGUAACGGACAGACUUCCCGCCUUCACAAUGAGGCGAAACGCGUUUGACAUUCCACGAAAUAUAAAGUUAGCCGACCCUCAAUUUCACGUAUCCUCGGAUAUCGACAUUUUGGUUGGAGCCGAAUUAUUUUGGCAGCUCAUCUGCGUAGGACGUAUUUCGCCCUUUUUACGGCACCUGACGUUACAAAAGACACAUUUUGGAUGGAUUCUGGCGGGAUAUUUUAAGCAACCGUCCGGCAACACGAAUCGGGUACAGACCUUUCAUUUAUCGGUUACAAAUGAACAAUUACAUAACGAGUUGAGGCAACUUUGGCAACUGGAAGAAGUUAAAAGCGAGAACAAUUAUAGCAGGGAUAAAGCUGUUUGCGAGCAACAUUUUGUGGAUAACAUUAAGAGGAACGCUCAAGGUAGAUUUAUUGUUACUUUACCGUUUAAAGAAGGGAAGGUUGACAAGAUUGGAGAUUCGCGUGAUAUCGCGUUGAAACGGUUGCAUGGUUUGGAGAAACGACUUAGUCGUGAUCCCGAAUUAAGAGCUCAAUACGCGCAAUUUAUGGAUAAAUAUUUAGAACUGCGCCACAUGACUCCUAUAAAGGACGCGAGUAGGGCGCGAACAGACUCUUAUUAUUUUCCGCAUCAUUGCAUUGUUAAAUCGGCAGAGUUUAAAUUCCGCGCAGUUUUUGACGCAUUCAGUAAAAGCGAUACCGGCGUGUCAUUGAACGAUACUCUUUUGAUUGGCCCGGUCGUGCAGCAAGACUUAAUGAUGAUACUUAUGCGGUUUAGAAUGUUUUUAUACGUGAUUACAGCGGAUAUUAUUAAGAUGUGCCUGAAGUAUUUAGCGGAUGCUUAUCAAGAAAAAUACCCUAUCGGUUCCGUACGCGUCAAACGGGAUUUUUAUGUGGACGACUUGCUCACGGGGGCAGACACGAUAUUUGAAACAAAAACUGCCCACGAUGAAAUUAUUGCGAUAUUGCAAUUAGGAGCGUUGAAACUCCGUAAAUGGGCAUCCAAUCAUCCAGAGUUGUUGAAAUCUCUCAAUGAUGCAAGCGAAAAAAUAGUUACUAUUAACGAUGGUGCGGAUUUUUCCGUGCUAGGGGUUCAAUGGAAUCAGGAAAAGGACUUUUUGCACUUUUUAUACAAACCGGAUGAAACUCACCGGGUCACUUCAAAGCGUGCCAUUAUGUCGGAAGCAUUUAAAAUAUUUGAUCCGUUGGGUCUUUUGGGCCCGAUUAUGGUCUUGGCUAAACUUAUUAUACAAGAAUUGUAG